GGGCCCCGGCCACAACCCCUUGCCGGGCCCGGCCAUGAAGUGUCACUAUGAGGCGCUGGGGGUGCGGCGCGACGCCAGCGAGGAGGAGCUCAAGAAGGCCUAUCGGAAGCUGGCCCUGAAAUGGCACCCGGAUAAAAAUCUGGAUAACGCCGCAGAAGCAGCUGAACAAUUUAAAUUAAUUCAAGCAGCAUAUGAUGUGUUGAGCGACCCUCAGGAAAGAGCAUGGUAUGAUAAUCAUAGAGAGGCCUUACUUAAAGGAGGGCUUGAUGGAGAAUACCAAGAUGACAGCUUAGAUUUGCUUCACUAUUUCACUGUUACCUGUUAUUCUGGUUAUGGAGACGAUGAAAAGGGUUUUUACACAGUGUAUCGUAGUGUUUUUGAAAUGAUUGCAAAGGAAGAACUGGAAUCUGUGUUAGAGGAGAAUGUUGAGGAUUUCCCAACUUUUGGAGACUCCCAGAGUGACUAUGAUACGGUAGUCCACCCUUUCUACGCUUAUUGGCAGAGUUUCUGCACCCAAAAGAAUUUUGCUUGGAAGGAAGAAUAUGAUACACGGCAAGCUUCAAACCGCUGGGAAAAACGAGCCAUGGAAAAAGAAAACAAAAAGAUUCGAGACAAAGCAAGGAAAGAGAAGAAUGAGCUUGUUCGGCAGCUGGUAGCUUUCAUCCGGAAAAGAGAUAAAAGAGUGCAGGCACAUCGGAAGCUUGUAGAGGAACAAAAUGCAGAGAAGGCAAGGAAGGCUGAGGAGAUGAGACGGCAACAGAAACUAAAGCAGGCAAAACUGGCAGAACAGUACAGAGAACAGAGCUGGAUGACCGUGGCUGAUUUGGAAAAGGAACUCCGGGAGAUGGAAGCACGAUAUGAAAAGGAGUUUGGAGAUGGAUCAGAUGAUAAUGAAAUGGAGCAGCAUGAGCUUAAAGAUGGACAAGAUGGUAAAGAUAGUGAUGAGGCGGAGGAUACUGAGCUUUAUGAUGACCUUUACUGCCCAGCAUGUGACAAAUCUUUCAAGACAGAAAAGGCCAUGAAGAAUCAUGAAAAGUCAAAGAAGCAUCGGGAAAUGGUUGCCUUGUUAAAACAACAAUUGGAGGAAGAAGAAGAAAAUUUUUCAGGAUCUCAUAUAGAUGAAAAUCUAUUGAAUGCCAAUUCCGAGGAAGAAAUAGAAGAUACACCAAAGCAAAAGCUUUCUAAAAAACAGAAGAAAAAGAAACAAAAACCGGCACAGAAUUAUGAUGACAAUUGUAAUGAAAAUGGACCUGGAGAAGGAAUAAAGGUUGAUCCAGAAAAUAUCAACUUAAAUCAAGACAGUGCCAAAGAAUUGGAAGAUAGUCCCCAAGAAAAUGUCAAUGUCACAGAAACCAUUGAACCUUGUGAUGAUCCAAAAAGUGAAGCUAAAAGUGUUCCUAAGCCCAAAGGAAAGAAAACCAAAGAUGUGAAAAAAUCUGUCAAAAUACCUGCUGAACCACAAAUACUGAGUGAUGUUCUUAUCAGCUGUACAACCUGCCAUAGUGAAUUUCCAUCCCGGAAUAAACUUUUUGACCAUCUGAAAGCUACUGGUCAUGCAAGAGCACCUCCAUCUUCAUCUUUAACCAGUGUAACAAGUAGUCGAAGCAAGAAAGAAAAACGUAAAAACAGAUAGAAAUUCUGCCAACACACUUUUUUUUUAACUGUCUCUAAAUUUUGAAACCAAAAACUGAACUGAAAUCAUCUAAAGAGUUAAAAUUUCAGUGAUCUGAAAUUUAUUGCAUUGUGGAAGAUUAUUUUUUAUCUUAUAAAGACUUUUUUUUUGUUUAAUAUAUAUAUUUUUAAACAUUUCACUAGUGAUUGAAUUCUACUUUUGCCAUCUGAAUUGACUUGAAUGUCUCAAAACAGGUAAAUAUUGUAAAGUAUGUACCUUAAUUUUUCACGUGAACAGAGAUGUACAGGGAGAAUUAAAUUAUUUUAACACAAAUGCCCCUUUUUCCUUCAUUUUGUAAUUUCACACUAUGUAUUUUUAUUUGUUUAUUGCUUUUAAGUUUUGAUUUGUAAUCUGUCAAAAACUCAGAUCGUUUAAAAAUCACCCUAGGAUUCUUUUCCACCUGACACCAUGACUCCAGUUCUGACUUUUAAAUUAUUUUUAAAUAAGCAUUUGUCAAGUACUCUGUUCUUUUUUUUCCUCAAGGACAAUGAUAGGUGGGAACUAAUUAAACAUGUAUGAUUAUAUUUCAGGAAUAAUAUCUUAAAGCCUAGUAUGGUGGUGGCACACUUGUAAUCUCCACUACUCAGGAGACAGAGGCAGGAAGAGGGGUCAUAAGUUAAAGGCUAACCUGGGCAAUUCACCAAGAUCUUCUUGUCUCAAAAUGAAAUAAAAAGGGCUUUUGAUGUAACUUAUUAGUAGAGCACUUGCCUAGCAUGUGUGAGGCUCUGGGUUCAACCCUUCGUACUGCCAAAAAAUAAAUAAAUAAAUAAAGAUCAACUUUGGUAAUUAUCAAUAAGAUACAUUUUUUUUUUGUUUUUUAAUUCUGAUUUGAAUUGUAGAGGUAGAGGCAAAUCAAUUUAACUGGCACUUUCUCCAUAGACAUGGUGAUGUUUAUGAAUGUAACAGGUAGCAAGCAGAUGUUUCCAAAUUUUACUGACUCCUUAACAAAGGAUUUGUUCUUCAUUGAGUUUCUUUCUUGUUUUUUUUUUUUUUUCAUCAUUCAAUGAAAAGAAGCUUUCUUAAUGAAAGAUGAUUUGAUAGGGCAGAUACUUGAAAGCCAUCUACUCUGUAGCAGUGGUGACUAUAAAAUCAAAAAGAAGAUAGAGAAUCAUUAUAACUGUGUGUGACCAAAUACACAAUAUAAAUAAGUGGUGAGUCAAGUUUAGAAUAAAUACUCCGUUCUUUAAAUUGGUCUUGAAAGUAAUUUUACAUUCACCAGCUUGAAAUGUGUAUUUUCUGUUUCAUGUGAUUAUUCCUGAUCUUAUAUCUUCAAAUCUUCAAAUGAAGGAAAUGUUAAUAUGUGUAAGCUCUGAAAUACUAAGAGUCCUCAAUAGCAAGGUCUUUUCUGAUAGCUUUAUGUAUAGUGUUGGUAAUUGAUUCUGUUACUGAUUUAAAAAUAUGCAUUUUAGUCUUAAUUUUUUUCUUUUGUAUUUAAAGAUUUGGGGUUUUGGUUUGUUUUUUAACCAUAUUACUUUUCUGUUUUUAACUAUUAUUAUUAAUUCCUUGCAAUUGUUCUUUCCCCAACUUUCUCCAUCUUUCAGGGGCAAUACUAGCCAGUUUUGUAUAUUCUGAUCGUUUCCUCCCAGACAGACUUCAUUUGAACACUAUCUAAUAAAGUUGGUCAUAAUUAUGAAUAGGAAUGUAGGUAAAUAGAAGCACAUGUAAGUCACAUAUUAUUAUAUAGUGAAAAAAUAUAAAGAUAUUUUAAAGGGCAGAGAGUGGCUUAUAAAUGUUCUUUAAACCUUCUUUGCUUUCCUCUGUAUUGACCAUGCUUGUGUUUAAUUUGUUUUUGCUUCAUGUGAGUAUUGAUUGGAGUUACUUGUCACUCAGUUUGACCAAAAAAAAAAAAAAAUCAACCUUACUUUUCAAAAGAUCUUCAUCAGUUGUGAUUGGAAGUUAGUGAUCUUGUCUCUAAUCUGAUAUGUUGAUAAAUCCUCUUCAUUUUUCCUUAUUACAACAAAUUGCUUAGUAUAAUAGUAUUAUCUCCAUUCUUCAUACAGGAUCAUUAUGAAGGCAAAUAAAAUAGUAUAUAUGAAAACAA